AUGAUUAACAAAGAAAUGAUUACUGUUCGAAUGAACAGAGCUGAUGUAAAUACACCAUGGGGAUUUCAAGUAAGACCACCAAGUACUAUUUAUAAAAUUGAAGGUGGAAGUUUAGCUGAUCGAGCAGGAAUUCAACAUGGUGAUGAAAUUUCUAAAAUACAAAAUGAAAAUGUAAAUGAUUUUAAUCGUUUACAAAAUAUUAUUACCCAACCUAUUCAUGAAAUUGAAUUAAUUAUUUAUAGAAAUAUGUCAUCUACAAGAAUAUGGAAACCAAUUAUUUCUGAAACAUCAGAAUCAGAAAAUGUUUUUAAAACUGGAACAAAUUUACAGUCAAAUGUUAAAGUAAAUCUUGAACAUAGACCAUUAGAUUGUGAUCCAUUAGUAAAUGGUUUUAAUACCACAGCUAAACCAUUUAAUCAAACUUUACAAAAUGCUUAUGAUCAUGUUGGAGAUCAAAAACAUUUUGAAAUUUCAGCAUCACAUUCUACUAAAGCUGAAGAAUAUUUAAAAGAAAAAGGUGGUUUAUUUGGAACAGAUCCAAAUGCAAAGAAUGCAUUUAAUCAAAAACAAAAUCAACCAUCAUAUCUUAAUUCUGAAACAUUAAAAUUAAUUCAAGAAGAUGAUAAACGAGAGAGACACGAUAAAGUACCUGUUAAAGUUAACAGUCCAUAUAGACAAGAAAGUUGUGGUCCAAGAGGAAUUAUGACUACAAAUAAUAUAAAUCAUAAUUUACCUGUUUGUUUUAUAUGUGGACGAAAUAUUUUAGGACUUGUUUGUCGUGCGUUUGAUGUUAAUGUUCAUGCUGAUUGCUUUUCAUGUUCAACAUGUGGAAGCAAUUUAAAGAAUCAGGGACAUCAUUUUGUAAAUUCAAAAUUUUACUGUGAUGUUCAUGGAAGACAAAUAAAGUCGUUAUCUCAACCACAAUAUUCACCAAAUACUUUAAAAAUUUCUCACCAAUAUGAGAACAAGCCAGUAAAUAUUCAUUCGUCAGGAAAUAAUAUAUACCAGCAUGAUUUGUCAAAACCAUCUUUUCAAACUGAUAUCAUGGCACGACAACCUAUUUUAAAUGAAAAACAAAAAGAUGAAAUAAUCAAAAAUUAUUCCUCCUCAAGUUAUGCAACCAUGACAAAUGAAUUAAAGAAAACUCCAACUCCUUUUUAUGGAUCAUCUCAUGAUUAUGAUACUUUAAAUGUGAAUAUUAACAAGUCACCGGAACCACUAGAGUUUCGUAAUCUUAAAAAAAGUCCAUUACCUAGAGAAAUUAGAGAUGUUACCAUAAAAUAUCUUAAAAAAAGUGAUAGUUUACCAGUUUGGCCACCAACAGAAUCAUUUUCAACAUCUCCACAAAAAUAUUGGACACUUAAUUUAGCUCCAUAUACAAGAAAAGAAAAUAAAUCACUUCUUGAUUUGGUUGUAGAGGAAGAUUUAAAAUCAAGUAUUUAUAAUAAUAAUAAUAAUCAUGAUUUUCAUUCACCUACUUUAAGUUCAACUUAUGAAAAAUCUCAAGAUUUAGAUAUAUCAAAUCAUCAAGAACCAACAACUUCUAUGUCUAUUCCAAUUUCAAAUAUUGAUAGAUUAACACCUCCACGUAUAUCACCAAGAAGAUACAAAAAAAAGGAUUCGCAAAAUAAAGAAAUUAAUAAAAAAUAUGACUUUAUUCCAAUAAAUCCUGAUAAUGAUAAUGAAUAUUCUAUUCAAAUAAAAAAAUUACCAGAAAUUGUAACUACAUCUUUAUCAAAUGAUACUAUAGAAAAUACCUUAAAAAUUGAAAAACAAUUACGUUGGGUAGAAGAUCCAGAAAUAAUUGAGGAGGCAGAUAUUAUAACUGAAGAAUCAUUUUCUGACUAUCGAUUAAAUGAAAAUGAAAAUACUUUUGAGGAUAUAGAGGCUGAUGAAUCUGAUUGUAUAGAUGAACAGGAACAAUGGAUAAAAGAAGAAUUAGAACAAUAUAAAAAAGAAGAAGAAUUAGAAAAAUUAAAGAAACAAAAUAAUAAUAUGAAUUCAAAUUUUGAAAAAGAUAUUAAACCAAAAAAUGAAAUGGAAAAUGAUGAAAUUAAUAAUCUUACUGUUACAUCAGUAACCAAUUCAUGUGAAAAUUUUGAAGAAAAUAAACUUACUGAACUUAUCAAAAGUACUCAACAACUUUUGUUACACGUUGAAAAAAAACAUGGAAUAAAAAAGGAUAAUAAUAUGGAUAAUAAUAAUAUAGAUAAUAAAUUAAUUUUUGAAAAUAAAGAUAAUUCAUUGAUAGAGAAGUAUAAACAAAAUUCAACAAUAAAAUUAAUUGAAGAAACAAGAGAAGAAAUCGAAAAAAUGAAAGCUGAAUUACGUGAUAGAAGUAUUAUUGUUACUGAUAAGGAAUAUAAACCAAUCACUUUUAGUGGUCCUAUAAAGUAUGAAACAAUAAAUUUUAAAGAAGAAAAUUCAUCAUUUUCUCAAUAUGAACCAACAAAAGUAGUAACACCUGCUGAUUAUAUAUGUAAAAAAAUUAAAAAUGUUUAUGUAGAAAAUAAUUUACCUUGUAAUGAUAUGUCCUUGUCAAAAAAAUGUUUAGACUAUUAUCAACAACAACCAAAAUAUACAGGGGUUAAUUAUCAAGGAAUUGAAGAAAAUAAUAAAUCAACCUAUACAACACAAAAAAAUAUUACAUUUAAUGGUAAUAAUGGAAGAAAUUCUCAACAACCAUAUGAAAGUAGAAUUCCAAUAUGUAAUCAAUGCAGAAAUGAAAUUCAUGGUGCAUUUGUCAUGACAGGUGGUAAUACUUAUUGCCCAGAACAUUUUGUUUGUGCAAAUACUUCAUGUUCUCGUAAAUUAGUUGAUAUUGGUUUUGUUGAAGAAAGAGGACAACGUUUUUGUGAAUUAUGUUUUGAAAAACUUAUUGCUCCUGUUUGUGGCAAAUGUAAUAAACCAAUUACUGGUGAUUGUUUAAAUGCUUUGCAAAAACAAUUUCAUCCACAAUGUUUUACCUGUGCUCAUUGUAUGAAAGCAUUUGGUAAUGCUGCUUUUUACAUGGAAAAUGGAAAACCAUAUUGUGAAAGAGAUUGGAACAAUCUUUUUACAACAAAAUGUGUUUCUUGCAAAUUUCCAAUUGAGGCUGGAGACAGAUGGGUUGAAGCAUUAGGAGCAUCUUUUCACUCAAAUUGUUUUUCAUGUGUAGUUUGCCAUGUAAAUUUGGAAGGCCAAAGUUUUUAUGCUAAAAACAAUCAACCAUAUUGUAGAAUGCAUGCUUAA